AAGGAACAGUAGUUUCAAACAAUCUGAGAAGCCUUCCCAAUUUGGGGCUUGUGAGAUAUCUUCUAAUUCAGGGUGUCCUCUUCAUAGGACGGAAUUUGGUUCAAAUCUACUCAGUAAUAAAUCCGCAAGAGAGAAGGCAAAGGAAGGGAGCGAUGAUUUCUUGAGCUAAUGGAGAGACAAGACAAAAACCCUAAGGGCGCCCAAAGGAACCCUUUAUUAUAUGAAUGUUAUUCCUAACAGUCAAGCCACUCUGCUACCGAACCGAGCGCUUCCGUUUCAUUUAAUUCUCCCCCGCACUUUGCCAUUUACUCCCUUUUCCACACCCCUUGGAAGCUCGGCCCUCCUUCUCUUCCCUACGCGACCUGAAGGGGCGGAUCCGGUAGCCGCAGUACCUGGGCCAGGUGAGCGAGCUGCAUUACACAGCUAGGGUGGGACUCUAGUCGAAGAGCGAUAAUGGCAUCGCAUCCACGUAGAGUUCGACUGAAACCCUGGCUAGUAGCUCAAGUAGACAGUGGAAUGUAUCCAGGUCUUCUGUGGCUUAAUAGGGAUGCAAAGCGAUUUCAAAUUCCUUGGAAGCAUGCAACUCGACAUAGUCCUCAACAUGAAGAAGAAAAUACAAUUUUUAAGGCGUGGGCUGUGGAAACAGGAAAGUAUCAAGAAGGGGUUGAUGAUCCUGACCCCGCAAAGUGGAAAGCCCAACUCCGGUGUGCUCUCAACAAAAGCCGUGAAUUCAAGCUCAUAUACGAUGGUACCAAAGAAGUGCCAAUGAAUCCAAUUAAAAUUUAUGAAGUAUGUGACAUCCCACCAUCCCUGACGCCAAUCAUUAAUCCUGGUUCCACCGGUUCAGUUCCAUGGGAUGAAAAGGAUAAUGAUGUAGAUGAUGAAGAUGAAGAUGAAUUAAAUGAGUCUCAGCACGUAGCAAUACAGGACAGUUUUCCAUUUCUUAAUAUCAGUGAUUCCCCAAUGGCUCCUGCCAGUGCAGAGACCUGUAGCCCUGAAGCUGUGUGGCCAAAGAAUGAACCUGAAGAUAUGGAGAUGCCAAUGCCUCCUGCCUUGCCAGCUCUACAGCAUGAUAUGUACAGCUCUCCUGAACUUUGGAUUAGCUCUCUUCCUAUGACAGAUCUUGAAAUCAAGUUUGAAUAUCGUGGCAAGGAGUUUGGGCAGACAAUGACUGUGAGCAACCCCCAAGGCUGCAGACUUUUCUAUGGAGAAUUAGGUCCUAUGCCAGAUCAAGAAGAACUCUUUGGGCCGAUUAAUUUGGAGCAAGUCAAGUUUCCAGGGCCUGAAUCCAUCCCAAAUGAAAAACAAAAGCUGUUCACCAGUCGACUGCUUGAUGUAAUGGACAGAGGGCUAAUACUAGAAGUCAGUGGUCAUGCUAUCUAUGCUAUCAGGCUUUGCCAGUGCAAAGUAUAUUGGUCUGGGCCAUGUGCACCUUCCUCUACCACACCAAAUUUAAUUGAAAGACAGAAGAGAGUUAAGCUCUUUUGUUUGGAAACAUUUCUAAGUGAGCUAAUUGCCCAUCAGAAAGGACAGAUUAGUAAACAGCCACCAUAUGAGAUCUACUUUUGUUUUGGAGAAGAAUGGCCAGAUGGAAAAUCAAAAGAACGAAAGCUGAUUGUUGUUCAGAUAAUUCCAAUUGUAGCACGGAUGAUCUAUGAAAUGUUCUCUGGUGACUUCACUCGCUCCUUUGACAGUGGCAGUGUGCGUCUACAGAUCUCUAUCCCGGAUAUCAAGGAUAACAUUGUUGCCCAGCUGAAACAACUCUACCGUCUGCUGCAGAAUCACCAAGAAGGUUGGCCAGUGCAGCCACCAAAUAUGCAGAUGGCCCCACCCCUCACAGCACAGUGAUGUCUCAGUGUUGGAUAACCAAGCAAUUGUCUGGAUUCUUCAUUUCUAGAUUGAAAUUAAUUGAAAUAAGAACACUUUUAAAUAUCUCUUCAGUGUGUGACAUUUUAAUGAGGAACAUUGAUAUACAAUGUAAUUGUCUUAAACAAUUUAGCAAAAGUUGAUCCUAGUUAAAUACAUGUAAGACACACAUAUUUCUCUAGUUGUUUUCACUUUUAUAAAUAUAACUAUAUAAAUAUAAAGCUUUAAACUUUUCCUUGCUUGCAUGUAAUGCUGUGGUGCUUUUUUGUCUUUUUACUUAUUAACUUCACUCCUGCUUUAUUCUUAGAGUAUUUUUAGAACAGUUUAAAUGCAUUAAUUCACGAUGACUUUAAAAAACAAAUACUCCUGUUGCUGCUGCUACAUGUGAAAUAUGUAACCACUACGAACUAAAUUUGUUUCAAAAUAGUGACCUGAUAAUUAACAGUAGGCUGUUUUAUUCUGUUGAUUGAUUGUUGUUUUAUUAUUUCUCUACAAAUGAGAAAAUGCACAAAUUUUAAGCUAGAAACCUUAGGAUGUUUUAAAAUUAAAGUUUAAAGUUAAAGUUUAAAAUUUAAAACCAAUUGAAAAAGAUAACAAAGACUUAAUAAUAGAUAUUAAGUUUGAUAAAAUAGAAGCCCUUUUCAUGUUUUUCUGUACUGAAUGCUGUAGCCCAACAUGUAAUUUACUUGUACAGUGUGAAAAAAUUGUUCAAAUGCAGUCAGGUGUUUCUAACUGAAUUAAAUUGUCACAUUGGUAGAAGAUACAAGACAGCAUGUGUGGAAAGUUUUUUUUUUUUUAAUGAAUGUUGCCAAAAUGUGAAUACACAAAAUGAAUAUUGUGACAAAAGCUAAUUCAGUCUAUUGUAAAUAUGGCAAUUUUAGGACUUCCGGAGAAGAAAUAGUGAAUUGCAGACCAUGGCAGAAUGAAGAGCCAAAAAAUAAACUGGCACUUUAUAAUUUUUCUUGAAAUUGGCUUGUAACUUCUCCUGACAGCUGUUCCUUAUGAACAGACUGCAAGACAGUGUGUUUUGCAGGUUUAGAGCUGAGGGAAAGCUAUCUUUGUUCAUAUCAUAGUUGGCACCUUUAAAAGAACACUAGGUGUGCUUUCUUCUUUUUCAAAUAUCACUUUAGCAAAUUGUUAACUGUUUUACAGUUAUUAGGAACCUUUUAACACCAAGUUACUUUGCUUCAAUUCUUAGCAAAAUAGUUUUAAAAACAAGUUUAAGGACUUUUUUUUUUUUUGAAUAGCAAAAGAGUAAUUAGAAUGCUAAUUUUGGAAAGAUACAAAUGAAAGAUGGAUUUGAAAUCAAAUUUUGGAAUUAUCGGAAUUCUUCCCAUCGAAAAAUAAAUACCUAAAAUAUUGGGAUGAAACGUUGAAUGUUGGACAUUAGGAGGAAAUCAGAAAGAAUUAAAUAUUAGAAUUAAAUGGCAAGUUACAUUUGGCUUACUAACACAGAAUAGAGCAAAAUACUUUAACAUUAGGCAUAUGGAAGGAUACUUUUGAACAACAGAUGCAGAAAUAAAUUUUAAGAGCAUCUGGCAUUAUAGUUAAACUUUUUAAAAGAUGUUAUGGUAGAGGAACAAGUUUUAUUGGACAAGACUGAGACUGAUCUAAAAGAUUUAAAAAUGGUAGGCUACAACAAAGACAUGGAAAAGUAUCCUAUACUGGACAUAUGAAACCAGAUGAUGUUUUAAUAAUUAGAUUAGAUUAUAAUUCUUUAUUGGCCAAGUGUGACUGGACACACAAAGAAUUUGUCUUGGUGCAUAUGCUCUCAGUGUACAUAAAAAAAAAGAUACAUUCAUUAAGAAUCAUAAGGUACAACACUUAAUGAUUGUCAUAGGGAACAAAUAAGCAAUCAAAUCAUAUUAGGAAACAGUCAAUAUAAAUUGUAAGGAUACCAGCAACAAGGUUACAGUCAUACAGUCUAAGUGGGAGGAGAUGGGUGAUAGGAACGAUGAGAAGAUUAAUAGUAAUGCAGACUUAGUGAAUAGUUGGACAGUGUUGAGGGAAUUAUUUGUUUAGCAGAGUGAUGGUGUUCGGGAAAAAACUGUUCUUGUGUCUAGUUAUUCUGGUGUGCAGAGCCCUAUAGUGUAGUUUUGAAGGUAGGAUUUGAAACAGUUUAUGUCCAGGAUGUGAGGGGUCUGUAAAUAUUUUCACAGCCCUCUUUUUGACUCGUGCAGUAUACAGGUCCUCAAUGGAAUGCAGGUUGGUAGUAAUUGUUUUUUCUGCAGUUCUAAUUAUCCUCUGAAGUCUGUGUCUGUCUUGUUGGGUUGCAGAACCAAACAGUUAUAGAGGUGCAGGUGACAGACUCAUACUCAGAAUUAAAAGGGAUACACAAAUAAGCCAAAAAGUGGCCUGGAUUAUUAUCCUAUACUUUAUUUACAAAAGAGAUCUGUUAAAGCUUUGAAAAAUUUUGUGAGAAGGGACAAUAAAGAGAAAAGAGAUCAAGUUCUAGGACAUUAUUUGAAAGGAUGAAAGAUUAAGGUUGUUAAAAAGUAAAAGACAGGAAUAUAAAGUAGGUUAAACUAGAUAUGUUGUUAUAUCUGGUAACCUUUAUGCAGACCAGGACUGCAUGGCAAGAUUUUAAAAAUCUGUUUAUAAAUAAGAGAUGAAAUACAGAGAAAAGAGUUCACAUGUUGUUUUUUAAGAAAGGGUGAUAUGUUACUAAAAUUGUUUAAGCUUGUGAUUAAAGGGAAGGUCAUUUCUUUAUAUAUAUAUAUUUCUUUACUAUAUUUUUAUUUUUCUUUCUUUAUGCACUUUUUUAUUUGUAUUUUUACCUUUUUAAUUGCAAUGUUUAAUUAUAAUAAAAUAUGGCAAUUUUAAAAUUGUAAUUGUAGUUUAAUUGUAGACAGACUAUGAUAGAAAAUAUAUUUUCAUAUAGCACAUCAUAUUGUAUUAUCUUAGCAUCAGAUACACCUACAUUUUUGCUAAGUAGCAGUUAUAUAUAGCUGAAUCAAACCUAUUUUGCAUUCCAAAUAUAAUUGUCAUUCUGCUUUCUACUAAGUGUUUGAUUUGGAACUUCUUGUUUUGAAAAUCAUUUGUAUAUUAAAAUGUUUUCAUAGCUGCUUUUUUCUACAAUAAAUGGAAUAGUUGGAA